AUGACUUCGGAUAUUUAUGAUAAGAAGAAUAAAUGCGCAAGCUUUCGUGUAACACAACGAUUGUUAAUCGGGUACAACAUCUAUACGACGAAUUCGCAUUCAAGGAAAAGUCAGAAGAUUCCCUUGUGCAAAAGGAACAAUCAAGUCAUUGUUUACACCAUAGAAAAUUUGAAUCUAAAUUUUCGAACUGUUGCGAUACAUCGUUUAACGUUUAUCUUCAUAAAUCCUUUCCAAACGAAAAAUCAUGGAAUCAUGGAAUUAUGGAAUUUCACCUCAAUAUAUCCUGACUGUCCUAAUAGAAUUCUCCUUCAAGAAGAGUUGGAUGAUUAA